AUGGGCGAAGCGGCGGCGGCGGCGGCGGCGGCGGCGCCUCCCGCGCCCCCCCCGCGCGACGACGACGACGCGCGUCAGAAGCUCGUGCGACGAUGGCCCGAGAGGAAGGGCGAGAUCGUCCAGCUCCUCGGCCUCCUCGGCGCGCCGCACGACCACGCCGUGCCGAUCUUCGUCCACGGCCCGCCCGUCACGGGGAAGAGCAGCAUCGUGCGCGACGUCUUCACGACGACGAAGCGGCCGUUCGCGUACGUCUCGCUCGUGGACGCGCAUAAUCCGCGUCUGCUUCUGGACGCGAUAGUGGAGGAGCUGGCGCCGUACCUCACCGGUCUCACGGAGAAGCAGACGCGCUGCGAUCGCUUCGCGGAUCUCAUAAGCGUCCUCCACCGCGGGUUAGCCCCGGACGCGCCCGCGGUGUACUUGGUCAUCGACGUCGCGACGCGGUUGCUGGACUGGAAGUCGAACGACCCGCUGCUGCCGGCGCUGAUGAAGAUAUCCGAGCUCACGGGACGCAACGUCGGCGCGAUGCUCAUCGCGACGCCCGGGUGGGACGCGUUCCGAUCCGCCGCGAUGGUUCGACCGCCCGUGCUUGUGUAUUUCGACGCGUACACCAAUCGGCAACUCCGGGACGUGCUCACGCGCGAGCGCCCGAAGGACGCGGACGCGACGUUGUACCGGGACUUCCUCGGCGCGGUGCUUCCGACGUUCUUCGCGACGUGCAAGUCGCUGCACGAGCUGCGGGCGCUGUUGGCGCCGCUGUGGAGGCGGUACGUGGCGCCGUGGGAAGAGGCGCGCGACGGAAGAGAUCUCGCGGCGGCGCGGAGAGGUCUCUCCGCGGCCGCGGCGGGGGGAUCCGGGUCCGGGUCCGGAUCCGGCGGGGGUGCCGAGGGUGCCCAGGCCGACGACGACGUCGUCGUCCUUCCGGAGGCGAGGACGCUGUGGGCGAGGUUGGCGUCCGGGCGGACGGCGGAGAGCGUCGCGGCGGAGGCGGCGGCGAAGGCGGCGGCGGAGGCGCGCGGCGUCCCGCCGCCGCCUCGAAAAAAGACCGGCCCCGUCCUCCACGCCGGGCUCGCGGUCCCUCUAUCGUCCGCGUCCCUCGCGCUGCAGCGCGGGGAGUGGCCCGUCCCCGAGGACGAGUCGGGCGCGGGCGCGCUCGAUUUCGACAUUCCGCGUCUCACGAAGUUCAUGCUCGUCUCCGCGCACCUCGCGACGAUGAACCGAGAAGCCGUGGACAAGCGUCUGUUCGGGCACAUGAUCGAGGGCGUCCGCGCCGGCACGGCCGCGGUCGCGCAGCGCUCGGGGAAGCGGAAGCGCGGCGCGCUGUCCGCGGACAAGCAGAGCGAAGCCGCGGCGACGGCGGCGCUCGACGGUCCGGGCACGUUCAGAUAUCCCGACUGCCCCGUCGUCAGCCUCGAGCGGUUGCUCGCGUAUUUUCGCGUCGUGACGAAGCAGGCGUACGACGAGGACGGCGCCGGCGACGGCGACCUCGCGCGCGAACUCCUCAGCGCGGACGUGUUCAUGCAAAUCAGCAGCAUGGUCGCGCUGGGUUUGCUCACGCGCACGAGCGGCGGGGACGCGCUCGACGGGUGUCGGUACCGGUGCGACGUAGGGAACGACCUCGCGAGGAAGAUCGCGGCGGACCCCGCGGUGCGGGUCAACCUGGACAACUACCUGUUCUACGUGUGA